GUUCCCCUGCUAGCACCCCUAGGUGGUCGCGAUCAGCGGCCGUCGGGGGGCUCCGGCUGGGCCGAGUGGAGGUUCCCGGGGCUUCCGACGUGGUGGGCUUGAAUUGGGCUCUGUGUGUUGGGUUGUGUGGCGCUGCGCCGCGCGGAGAGGCGGAAUGGAGAGUCGGUGCUACGGCUGCGCUGCCAAGUUCUCCAUCUUCAAGAAGGAGUGUGGCUGUAAGAGCUGUGGCAGGGCCUUCUGUUCCGGCUGCCUUCACUUCAGUGCUGUGGUGCCCCGGGCUGGGAAUACUCAACAGAAAGUCUGCAAGCAGUGCUAUGAGGUCCUGACCAGUGCCUCCAAGUGGUCCCCUCCUCAGAACUAUAAGAAACGCAUGGCAGCCUUGGAAGCCAAGCAGAAGCCCAGUGCUCCCCAAGUCCAGGGUCCAUGCCACCCGGACCAGCUCAUUGCUGAGCGCCUCGCACGGCUCCGCCAAGAGAACAAACCCAAAUCCGUGCCCUCAUUGGCGGAGAUAGAGGCCAGGUUGGCUGCACUGCGAGAGGAACCCCAGCGUCCCAUCCCAUCCACCCAGGAGAUGGAAGCUCGGCUUGCGGCCCUGCAGGGCAGACCUCUACCUGCUCAGACCUCCCAGCCGGCCCAUCAACCACCGGAUACCAGGACCCAUGCACAACAGGCACAGGAUCUGUUGGCUCAGCUGGGAGCUGAGGUAGCUAUUGACCAGAGCUGGGACCCUGAAGGCCCAGCUGCCUCUCUCCAGAAAGACAGCAACCAGUAUGGCCCCGGGAACAGCAGAUGGUCCCUGGAAGAUGAGAAGAGCAGGCUGCUAGCUGAGGCAGCGGUUGAGCUGCAGGAGGAGAACACAAGGCAGGAGCGAAUCCUGGCCGUGGCCAAGCGGCUGGCUGUGCUGCAGGGACGAGACCCCGAAAAAGUAACCCUCCAGGACUACUUCCCUGAUGAUGAUGAGGAGGACGAGGAAGCAACUGUCCAGAGAGUCCUAAAGCAGCUCACUGAGGAAGCAGCUCUGGAUGAGGCAAGUGGCUUCAACACUCCCGUGGAGACAGCUCUCCCACCCAAGGUUCUAUCCUGCAGGGCCCAGUCUGAGGCCUGGGCCAUUGCCCCCAGGUCUGAGGAGGAGGCAGAGGAGGAGGAACUCCCCUGGUGCUGCAUCUGCAACGAGAAUGCCACCCUGCGCUGCCAUGGUUGCGACGGAGACCUCUACUGUGCCCGAUGUUUCCGGGAAGGCCACGAUGACUUUGAUCUUAAGGAACAUCAGACAUCUGCUUACCGCCCCCCACGUGCUGGCCGAGAGCACUGAAGCUACCUGGCACCCCAAGAGAGGCAGAACUGUGGGCUGGGCUCCUGCCUCUGGGACUCACAGGAGAGCAGACUGGACUGCUGAUGGCCAUCAGACCCUUUCCCCAACCUCCAGGUUCUGAGAAGGAAAGAGCCUCUAUUCCAGACAGCAACUGAAGGAGCCUGAAGCAGGGAGGUAUCUGGGAAUUCUCCAGCUCUGAAGCCCAAGCAAGGAGUGAGAAAUCAGAGGGGAAAGACCAGGCUAAAUCUGGAAACUAGGCUGAAGCAUCUGGACCCCUCCCUGGCACUCGGCAGAUACAAUAAAGCAUGUUGGAUCAGA